AAAGGUUUCUAUCUGCGGAAGAAGAAAGAAGAAGCAGAUCACAAUCCAUUGAUCAGAGAAAAUGUUCCACCAAUUCGGAGCGACGGCGGAAUCUCUGAGCAAGGCGUCGACGGCGGUGUUCCGGAUCGGCACCGACGCGCACCUCUACGACGACCCCGAAGAUGUCAACAUCGCUCCUCUCCUCGACAGCAAGUUCGAUUCCGACAAAUGCGAAGCUCUCAAACGCUUGCUCGCUCUCAUCGCUCAGGGCUUCGACGUCUCCAACUUCUUCCCUCAGGUUGUUAAGAAUGUUGCGUCUCAGUCCCUGGAAGUGAAGAAGCUGGUUUACUUGUACCUCCUUCAUUAUGCAGAAAAGCGUCCAAAUGAAGCUUUGCUGUCUAUUAAUUAUUUCCAGAAGGACCUGGGGGACACAAACCCUUUGGUGAGGGCAUGGGCACUUCGUGCCAUGGCAGGGAUCCGCCUUCAUGCAAUUGCACCUCUUGUUCUUGUCGCUGUGGGAAAAUGUGCUCGGGAUCCUUCUGUCUAUGUUAGGAAAUGUGCUGCUAAUGCUCUUCCUAAGCUUCAUGAUUUGCGGAUGGAGGAGCAUGCAUCUGCAAUUGAAGAGAUUGUUGGACUAUUGUUAAAUGAUCAUUCCCCAGGAGUUGUUGGAGCUGCUGCUUCUGCAUUUAAUUCUGUUUGCCCAAACAAUUUUUUGUUGAUUGGGAGAAAUUACAGAAGGUUGUGUGAGAUUCUUCCUGAUGUGGAAGAAUGGGGUCAAAUAAUGCUAAUUGGGAUCCUUCUGCGGUUUGUGAUAGCGAGGCAUGGGCUUGUCAAAGAAUCCAUCAUGUUCUCAUUGUACAAUAAAGAUGGUGACACGUUAGAGGAAGAUGAAAGCCAAGUUAGUUUAAGAGAAGAUGAUGGUUAUGCCUCUGAGCAGUCUGUAUCGGAAUUUGCUAAUAUGAUCUUCCAGUGUUACAUUGAAGGGCCAGAUGAGUACUUAUCACGAUCAAGUUCUACAAGUAGGGUUGCUCCUAAAUUAGAUGUAUCACAAUAUACAUCUUGCUCUGAUGAGGUUGUGAAGAUCCUGCUGCAGUGUACAUCACCAUUAUUUUGGUCUAAUAACAGUGCAGUUGUACUAUCAGCUGCUGGAGUACACUGGAUAAUGGCUUCUAAAGAGAAUGUUAAAAGAAUUGUUAAACCACUCUUGUUUGUCCAGCGAUCAUCAUACGCCUCAAGAUACGUGGUAUUGUGCAAUAUCCAAGUGUUUGCUAAAGCUAUGCCAUCUCUCUUUGCUCCACACUAUCAAGACUUUUUCAUAUGUUCUUCAGAUUCCUAUCAGAUAAAAGCGCUGAAGCUGGAGAUACUUUCUUCUAUUGCUACGGAUUCAUCCGUUCCAUUAAUUCUUAAAGAGUUUCAGGAUUAUAUAAGAGAUCCCGACAGGAGAUUUGCUGCUGACACAAUUGCAGCCAUUGGUCUAUGUGCUCAGCGACUUCCAAAAAUGGCAACUACAUGCCUGGAUGGAUUACUGACUCUGAUCAGACAAGAUUUUUUGUGUGGUGAAAUCAGAUCCUUGGAUGGAGAAGAGGGUGUGUUAAUCCAGGCAAUUAUGUCCAUCAUAUCAAUUAUAAAAUUGGAACCACCCAGUUAUGAGAAGGUUAUAAUUCAGUUGGUUCGUAGCUUGGAUACAAUCAAGGUCCCCGCUGGCCGUGCAAUGAUUAUUUGGAUGUUGGGGGAGUAUUGCUCUUUGGGCGAGAUAAUUCCAAGGAUGUUGAGCACGGUACUCAAGUAUCUUGCUUGGUGUUUUGCUUCUGAAGCAUUAGAAACUAAGCUUCAGAUUCUUAAUACAACUGCAAAGGUCCUACUGUACAUUAAGGGAGAAGAUAGUUGGACCUUGAGAAAAAUAUGGAGUUAUGUAAUUGAACUGGCUGAGUGUGACCAAAACUAUGAUAUUCGUGAUCGUUCACGUGUCUUAAAGAAACUUUUCUCAAGCAGUUUGGAGUUUCAAAAUGCUGAAGAAAAUAGUAAAUCACAAAAAAGAGACCAGUCUUGUGUACUUUCAGAAUGCAUAUUUGGCGGACAGACAAAAUCUGUUACAGUUCCAUCUGAACCCAUCAACUACCGGUUUUAUCUCCCAGGGUCUCUAUCACAAUUAGUAUUCCAUGCAGCUCCAGGCUAUGAACCUCUCCCAAAACCUUGUAGCCUUCCAUACAUUGAUCUUGAUCAGUAUGAUGGAGCUGCUGAGAGUGAUUCAGAUGAGGAAGAUGAUCCUAGCACAUCUGAGUCUUUGGAUGAUGAAAAUGCUUCUGAUUAUAGUUCUGAACAGUCAAUCUCUGGUUCAAGUGAAGUCAGUGGCAGCGAUGAGACAAUGCCUGGCAAUGGAGGUAACAACAAUGCUGAUUUACUGAUUCAGAUUUCAGACCCUGGCAAUGUCUUAGAAAACCAGAAUGGUGGGGCUCACUCUGGAACUUCUGGUCUUAGGGAUCUGAUGUCAACAAAGUCUCUUGAGUCUUGGUUAGAUGAAGCACCCGGGUCAUCUAAAAGUAGGGAAGUAGAACAUAGCCGAGUUCAAAGAUCUUCAGCAAGAAUAACCAUUAGUAAUAUUGGAAGCCGAGUUAAACCUAAAUGCUACAUUCUAUUAGAUCCUGCAAAUGGAAAUGGGUUAAAGGUGAAUUACUCUUUUUUAUCUGAAACUCCAAGCAUAUCCUCUCAUCUUGUUUGUUUAGAAUUAUUAUUUGAGAAUUGUUCCUUGGAGCCCAUGUUGGAUAUAGUAUUAAUAGAUGAGGAUUCUAGCAAAACCUCAGAUUCUACGGAUCAAACAUCACCAGCAACUGAAAACACCUUGAAAUUUAACAUUGAUAAACCAGCAGUGGUUUCCAUGGAAGACAUCCUUUCUCUGGAGCCUGGUCAAAUAGCUAAACGGACUCUACUUGCGCGCUUCCAUCACCAUCUCUUGCCUCUCAAACUGUCUUUAUUUUGCAAUGACAAUAGAUUCCCUGUUAAGCUAAGGCCUGAUAUUGGAUACUUUGUAAAACCGCUUCCAAUUAGUAAUGAAGCUUUCAGAGAUAAGGAAUCUCGCCUUCCAGGGAUGUUUGAAUAUGUGAGGAGUUGCACUUUUACUGAUCACAUCCUAGAGCUGAACAAGGACAACAACUCUUUAACCGAGGACAAAUUUCUUGUGAUCUGCGAAACCUUAGCGAUAAAGAUGCUGAGCAAUGCAAAUCUCUCUAUUGUAUCUGUGGAUAUGCCAGUUGCUUCCAAUCUUGAUGAUGCAUCUGGUUUGUGCUUGCGUUUCUGCAGUGAGAUCCUGAGCAAUUCCAUGCCAUGCUUAAUUACAGUUACUGUUGAAGGUAAAUGCUCCGACCCAUUGACUGCUUCUGUAAAGGUCAACUGUGAAGACACUGUAUUUGGCUUAAAUUUCUUAAAUAGGGUUGUCAAUUUCUUGGUUGAGCCAUAUGUUGCCCUCUCUUAAGGUUUGAUGUUGAAUAGAAAAUUGACAAAUGCUAGUUGAUUUGUGGAAAAGUAUAUUUAAUAACUUGAAGAGCAUGACUAAGAGAUUUGUAUUUUUUUUCUUUUGGUGAGGUAUUGCUUUUUUUUUUUUUCUUUUUUUCUAUUGUUAAAAGGAAAGAAAGGGGGAGAGGGAGAUGAAUGAUUGUUGCAUUUUUUUUUUUGGUUAAUUUAAUUAUCCAGACUUUUUUUUCUUUC